CUGCCUGUAAAGUCACUGACUACUAUAUGCAGAGCCAAUCCUGAACUUGCUUUUGUCCUGGCUUCAGAAGUGAGCCUCCCCAGGCUUCCCUCGCCCUGCCAUCCUGGGACUACCAUCAGCUCCCAGGGUUCUUUUCGGUGCCAGCACCACUGACUGAAAAUAAACACUGAAAAAGGAGAUUAAAUUGUGAGACUGGAUUGUCAGAAAAUAGCAGUAUCUUAAGAAUUUGUACAACCUGGUAUAAAAAUGACUUCCCCGAACGACAUCAUGAGAAAAAACCUGAAGAUGAUUCAUGGCUAUCCCAUGGUCUAUGCAUUUACAAACAACUGGGAAAAGAUUGAACAGUUCCACAGCAGACCCGAUGAUAUCGUGAUAGCCACUUACCCCAAAUCAGGUACCACUUGGGUUAGUGAAAUUGUGGACAUGGUUGUAAAUAAUGGAGAUGUUGAAAAAUGUAAGCGGGAUUUUAUAACAGUUAAAGUUCCAAUGUUGGAAAUGGCCGUCCCUGGACUAAGAACUUCAGGAGUAGAACAAUUAGAGAAGAAUCCCUCACCCCGGCUUGUGAAGACACAUCUACCAAUUGAUCUCCUUCCUAAGUCUUUCUGGGAGAACAACUGCAAGAUGAUUUAUAUGGGUCGAAAUGCCAAGGACGUUGCAGUUUCGUAUUACCAUUUUGACUUAAUGAAUAAUUUGCAACCUGUUCCUGGCACCUGGCAAGAAUACCUGGAGAAGUUCAUGACUGGAAAUGUGGCCUAUGGUUCCUGGUUUAAUCAUGUUAAGAGCUGGUGGAAGAAAAAGGAAGAACACCCAAUACUUUUCUUGCACUAUGAAGAUAUGAAAGAGAAUCCAAAGCAGGAAGUCAAGAAGAUUAUGAGAUUUCUAGAGAAGAAUUUGAAUGAUGAGGUCUUGGAUAAGAUCAUCCAUCACACCUCAUUUGAAAUGAUGAAAGACAACCCUCUGGUGAAUUACACACAUAUACCAAGUACAGUGAUGGAUCACAGCAAAUCCUCUUUUAUGCGUAAAGGGACUACAGGUGACUGGAAGAAUUACUUCACAGUGGCCCAAAAUGAGAAAUUUGAUGCCAUUUACAAGAAGGAAAUGUCUGGAACUGCACUUCAGUUCCGCACAGAGAUUUAAAGAGCCUACACUGCCAAUCUGAAGGAGGAAGAACUGAGCUGUAAUUUGUUAAAAUGGUCAGUUAUGACUUUACUUGGGCAGUCAAAUGGACUUAUAAAGGAGAAAAUGUGCUUUUAAAAUGGAUUUUUUUUUUUUUAGCAUCAUUAAUCAGGUCUCAGUUUCACUCCUGACUCUGAGCUUCCAAAUUCCCUAAAGUUAGGGCCAAUUGUUACCUUUUUGUAGGAUCUUCCUGCCUUUUCCUAGACUAGUAUGAACCGCAAAGUACUUACCCUACUCAAUCUCUAUAUAUUGUGGCUGAGAAUUCCAUUCCCCUCUCUAUUAACAUGGUCCAAGAAGUGCUAUUUGCACCCUGAAACUAUAUUUUCUAGCUCUGCCCCAGCUUCCCUUUGUUGAAAAUUUGACUCAGGACACUGUGUUCCAUUGCUGUGUUCCAGGUUUCAAGUUGUUCCCUGAACAACUUGAACAACAUAGAUCAUCUUCUCACAGUGCCACUAUUUGGAUAACAUAGUUCAUGUCCCAGAUGAUGUGGUUCAGAUUUCAGAAAUGUUGUUCCUAUACCUAAUUUCUAAGCAUA